CAGAAGUCUGAGAGUUACUUGUCAAAUAGAUGUCAUAGAAUUUCUUCAUUCUAAACUGAUUGUCAUGAGCGGACAGUUUGUGUUCGCGUACUUUAUUUUCUGGAUUGCUGUGAAUUUUCUGGGCUUCGUUAUUGUGCUAAACUAUUUUGCAAUUCUUGUGAAAGAUGAAUAAUAUGAAUAAGAAUUCGGACAACACUAAGGAUUCCGAGGCGAAGAAGAGUUUGCAAACGGAUCCCGAUGCAUCAGAAGAGUCGCAGGAUAAUUUUGAUGGUUCAGACAAGGACAAUGACACAUCACAAUACAAGAAAUCUGAGACAUCACCAUCCGAGGAAGCUGACACAUCAUCAGAUUCUUCACAGGAUUCGCAAACUCUAGAAUUAGAUGGGGAGGAGGGGGACAAGGACACAUCCCAAUCCGAGGACUCUGACUCAUCAUCAUCAUCAGAUUCUUCACAGGAUUCGCCACCUCUAGAAAUACCAAAAGCCUUAUUGGAGGUGGAUCCAAACGAUCAGGACUCGGUGGUCAAAGCAAUCGGCCUUUUGGUCACGAUGAUCAACUCCCAACUGAGUGCCAUCAAGUCGAAAGUGCUCCCGAAAUCACCAUUGGACUAUAUGGAAUAUCGCCAGAAGAAGCUUUGGAGGAUGCGCAAACGCGAUAAAGCCCAGUAUAAGGACAGCUCCGAAUAGAUUGACCAAUGUUCCUAAUCCAUUUUGUAUCAUGCAUUUCAUAAUGUACAAUUUAUAGAGUAAUUAUAAUUUGAAAGGAA